AUGUCCAAUGCUCUUCCUCCUCAUAUCACCAGUGUCCCCGAAGCUAUCGUUUCCGCUUCUAUUGCGACCCCUGUCGAAAACCUCAAGCUCCACGAGGUAUCGAGGAACCCGCAUGUCUUGCGUCUCCUCACGAACAUGAAAGAUUUCAGUAAGGCUCUCAGUGUUCAGCUGGACAAUAAUCGACGGCUACGCGCAGAGGUCGACGAAUUGCGAGCUCUGAACCAUGCGCUGCGCGUUCGCAAUGCGAGGUGGGGCGACGAGAACGAGAUUUUCCGCCAGGAAAGCGCAGAAUUGCGAUACAUCAUCCACACAAUGGAGACCGCGGCUUCCGCUUCCCUCCAAGAGCACGGACACCGCUGCUCAAUCCAGGGUAACCGCCCGUGCGCCGACUACAGCGAGAGCGAUUCAGAGUCCCUGACUCCAAGCGACUCGAUUUCAUGCAGAGGGAACUCCCACACGAAGCAGCCCGUUAUCGAUACUGUCCAAGAGUACUUUUCAAGCUACGCAUCGCGAGGGCCAUUAGAGACACCUUGGUUGAAUGAUGAGAGCUCCGAGUACACGUCCUCAUCUCUCUCCCCACCCUCUUCCGGAUACCGUGAUGCUUCAAAUAACUGCGCUCCCAAGCAGAGUCGAGCUCGUUCAUCAAAACGACACUCCAGUGACUCUUCCAAGAACUCGUCGGGACGUCUUAACAGCGCAAAUAUGACUCCAAAGCGCAAGUACAAAGAAUCGAUCGUGGUUCACGGCGCAGCAGAGAGCUGA